GGACUCAAUUAUGUAAUUGAAUACCAACGUGAUGGAGGAAGAGAGCCAAUGUAUGAAUGCACAUUAUGUGACUUCACAGAAUACUUGCACGUAUUUGUUUUGCACCUUGGUGGAUUCAAGCACAGAAUGAAUUAUAUGUGACCUGCCUGACCUUUGCCUACUCUGCUGCAAGUCUAAGGGUAAAUGCAACUAGAAUUGACCUGCCUGGGUUGUCUACAAACCCAAUGAGGACCUAUCCUGGGCCCAGCACAUAAGUACAGUUAUGAAGAAAGCACAGCAGAACCUCUACCUCCUUCGAGGUUUGCGAAGAUUCAGAUGACAUCUAAAACUAUGACCAACCUCUGUAGAUGUGCAAUGGAGAUUAUAUUGACUGGCUGCACCACAGCCUGGUAUGGGGACUCCAAUGCCCUUGAACAGAAAAUGCUACAAAAAGACGUGGAUAUGCCCCAGUUCAUCACGGGUAAAGCCCACCCCACCAUUGAGCUCUUCUACCUGGUGUGUUGUCACAGGAAAGCAGCAUCCAUCAUCAGCAAUGUCCACCACCCAGGUCAUGAUCUCUUCUUACUGCUGCCAUCUGGAAGAAGGUACAGGAGCUUCUGGACUCACACCAACAGACAAAAGAAUAUCCAGACAUGAUGAAAUGGGAUAGAACUAAACUAAAAGAAGAGGAGUUGUCCAAUAUUGUUAAAGAAAGAGCUGCUAUUAUUGAGAAAUUGGAAGGAAGGAGGUGCAUACAAGUUGUCAGAGGACAAGAUCCGCCCAACAUUCUUCGUGUGGUUAGAAGAGUUCAACUUCCAAGCAACAGUUGGCAGCAAGAGUGGGAAAGAAAUCCAUCAAGGAUGGAACAAGAAUUGAUAGAAGGAAUAAGGAACCAAAGAGAGCUGUCUAUGAGAAAAGAGAUGAUGCUUUCAACUCCGAGAGAUCAUGGGCAGUAUGAAGCAGAUUUCAGAACCUCGGAUAAGUUUGAUUGGAGAAGAGAUGAUAAAGACUUUUAUGGAGAAAAUGUUGCUACUGAUAGGUUUACAGAUAACAGAAUGCAGUACAGAGAAAAUACUUCAAGUGGAUAUACUGACUUGCAUAGAGACAACAAAGAAGAGUAUGUAGAACCAGCACUAAAUUAUAAUCAAUAUUCUAACCAGCGAGUAGAUGAGCGAAGAGGACUAUAUGGCGAUCUUAAGCAAGAAUCGCUUAAGUAUGCAGACUGGAGUAAAAUUUACCAACAGGAAUCUGGAAAUGAUUUCAGGGCUUCAGACAGAUACUCAAGUACAAGAAAAGAUGAGCACCCUCAAUAUUUGGAAGAUGGUAGAGGCACAGACUACCGGAGAGAUGAUCGAAAAUAUGAAGAUGAAUAUAUUGCAAGAGAACAAAUUAGGAAACCAGACUACUGGAUGGAGCAGAAGGAUGAUUUUUCCCAACCACCAAAUUUUUCAGAUGUGGGUGAUAUUGAUCUUAAGAGAAAGAAAUUGUAUGACUAUUUGCAAAAUUUUAAGAUAAGAACUGAAGAUGAUGCCAGUUUUGUUCUGAAGGUCACAAACACUUUCAAGGCUGCCUUAAUCAGUUACUAUCAAAGGAAAGAAACUGACCCAUCCUCAAGGGCAACAUUGGAUCAGAGAACCACAAGAUCCAUCGGUACACCAGAUGGCUAUUCCAGAUAUAAUCCUGAUGUGUCAGCUUCAGCGGUACGAGACUCAGAAAGCUACAGAGGUGUUUACGAUUGGAAGCAGGAUACUUUGGCAACAAACAUGAGACAAUCUAAUGAUUCUAGUUUGUACUUAUCGUCUGCCACUCCUUACAGAAAUUCUGCAUUACAUUCUUCCUUGAGCAGGGGCUAUUCGCCAGAUUAUAAAUCCAAUACACAGGAUAUAAACUGGGGAAGAAAUGCAGACAACACCUAUUAUGGUCGCUAAAAAGAUAGGAAGGAAUUUGGAAUAUUUGCUUUCUUUGGAUUUUCCCACUGAGCGUCAGCUACAUUCAUUUUUGACCUUCCUUGAUGGUAUUGGAUUUAAAGUUUUCACAUGCAGAGUUGAACUGGCAGCUGUUCGCCUUUAAGAAACUUUAACUCCUGAAAUAAAUGAAGAUUUUUUUCAUGUUGAGAUAGUGUAUUUGUAGGUUGAAAAUGAUCUAAUUUCAUUUUAAUUAUUUCACAGCUUUACACAGAAACAUGCAAAUUAAUUCCUAAAGUACAAUAAAUCUGCAUCAUGAUGCAUGUAAAAUAACCCUGAUUGUCCUUUUGGCCAAAGAUGGUGGUUACUUCCACAAUCUAAAUGUUGCUGAAACAUUUUUUUAAACUCUGCAGUCAGUUCAGUAUGUAAAUUACUGUGUAAAGAACAUGAUUUUGCUAGCAAAAGUAUUAGAAAGUGUAGUUGAUGUUGAGCAACAAUGUGAUGUUUGAGCUGUAAAUCUAGAAAAUGUUCCAUGUUCUGCAGUUUCUUGAAUAGUUCAGAUUUGCUUUAUCGUUGUUUCUUAGUUUUUUCUGAUUGUACAAGAACCUAAAUAAUAGAAAAUUUAACAUUGUACAAUAUAUUCUGUUUUUCAGUCAUUGCCUAAGACUAAAUAAAAGCUCUUUAUAAUUUAAAUGCUUUUAAUUGAUUGUGCACGUAAUAUCUCAUAGAGCAUUGUUUUAUGAACUUCAGCAUUAGUGAAGGAAUCAGUGUCAAUUUCCAGAAAAGGAAAACUAAAUUGGUUACUGUGAUAAGCGUAUUUUUUUUAGUAGAAAAACUAACAAACUUUAUCCAAAACAUCAAAGAUGCUGAGAAGGAAUAUGUUCAUUCUGUUGUGUCAGUAUCAGCUCUGUACCUGAACAACUUGCUGGCUCCAACCCCCUGCCCCUAUCGGGUAGCCUUUCAAUUUUUGUCUCCCUUUAUACUUGUGCAAUUUUCUCUUGAAAGCUGCAAUAGAAUCUGCCUUCACCACAUCUGUAGACAUACAUUCUGGAUUCCAGCCACACAUGUAUUAAAAGAAAACCUCCCAUUCCACUAUUAAUACUUUUAUUUGUUAUACUUGUGAGAACUUGUCCGUGAUCCCUCUACAAUGGCAACAGCUGUCUGUUCUUUCAUCUAACGACUCAUAAUUUUUACAUUUGUGUCAGAUCGCCCCUUCGACAUCUGUAGACAAAACUCUCCUGGCACUUUUUUUCUGGUUUUUCAACUGGAGUCCUUUAUCCUAGGAACCAUUCUUGCAAGUUUUAGGCCCUCUCCAUUCCUUUAACAUCCUCUGUUAUAAUGACAUGACCAAAACUGAAUUCAGAAUUCUAGUUGAGGGUGGACCAGUGUUUAAUGAAGACUCAACAAGGCUUCCUUGAUUUUAUACCCCGUACUUGAAUUGAUAAAAUUCCAGAACUUUGUCCCCCUAAUUAAAUGCCUUUUUUGAACAACAUUGCAAGACACUUAUAACUGGAUAUCUAAAUCUCCUUUGCCCAGAAGUGGCAAAUAAGAGUCACUAACUUUGAAUAACUUUUGGUGCCACUUUUCCCAACUGACCUUUAUUGUCUCUCAGGAUUACAGCAAUGGAAAAAGAGCAUUUGGCCAUAUUUACAAUGUAAGAUCAAUCAAAUUGGUACAACAUCCAUGACCUCCACCCAGUGCACUACAAAUUAUUUCCUUUAAACUUGUUAUCUCUCUUUUAAUGAUGAAAUUGAAUCCACAUCCACUACUACACCUAGCAAAGUAAAAUCUAAAUGUAAUGCAAAAAAAUGAAUUUUCUCUAGCAUCAUUUGGUGAAAUGAGUCUCAGGGUUGUAUAUGGUGACAUAUAUGUACUUUGAUAAUAAAAUUUACUUUCAACUUUG